AUGCCAUUUCUUCAGGCUACCCGACGGGGCGGCCGAGUCGCUCCGAUUCGGUUUUAUGUCCAUUUUCUCUUGCUACUUUUCAUCACAGUAUUGGCUCACGCCUAUGAGGGGCCACGUUUUGGCGGGGAAGAGAGACGGGAGACGACGCAAAAAACGGGUGAGCGACAGGAAGUCGCUGAGGGUGUUUCUCCGGAAGACGCGACUGAGCUUGUACCAGAGCCUGUUGACGGCCUAAGAGAGGGGGACGUCAGAGGUACUCAAGAACGCAAGAAAGCGGAGCUGCCAGCCAGGCCCUUCAGCGCAUCAGAGCAGUCCGCGCUGGUGGAAGGGGCACUGAACGGCAGUCAUGAUGAGCCAGCAAAAAUGAGCAUACCUUCUGCGGAGAAACCAGAACAGCAGAGUUUUUAUGGCCGCAUGCUCCAAGCCGUGUCCGACUUUCUCUUCUCGGACGCAGAUGAUGCGGAUGUCGACGAUGUCGGAUUCCUCAGUCGACGAAGAAGGGCACCAUCCGUCCCGGAGCCAGAAUCAGCACACGACACGCAAAUGACAAACGUACCAGCAGAGAGCGAGCCAACGCUCGUCUUAAUGACUGUGAGUCCGGAUGAUGCUCAGAUUCCUGCCAAGUCCACUGAUCUCCAUCAGGCAUACCAGGGGGUUGCCGGGGACGAGGUGGCAACGGAGCAAGCCGCCUACGUUGAUUUAGGCGAGGCGGAUACCAUAUCUACUCCCCCGACAGCAGAAUCCUCUGCUGGAACUCACGCGAACUCUAUCCCUGACACUCCCUCUCGGGACGAUGCCGAAUCAUCAAAUAAUACAAGACUUCAACGCAGAAAACCGCGGCUUAACUGGGGUCGAGGUCCCGUGGAACCUCUUCGUCCAAGUAGCCCGGCUACCACCACCAUGAAGAAACUCUCUCGAGUGGCUACAGCCUCGGCGCUAGGCGAUGGUGUUGCUCUGCCUCAGCACCAUGUUUCAUCGAGUGUUCCAUUCAUCGCUAAUUCACAUGGUGUCAAAGCCACGACUAACACAAGCGGCUCACCAGUACUGUCGAGCACAACCUUGGAAGGAUGGGAAGAGAAGGCCAAAGGACUAGUAAGCUUAGUGGAACACGCAUCUAAAAUUCUCGUAAGCCCACAGGUGGAUACCGGCAGUCAGGCUGCAUCGGCUAGGAACGGAAACUUUGUAGGAGCCGUGAAUAGCAAUGAACUGACACUUGCAACACCAUUCAGCCAAGGCCUCGCGUCGCUGUUGAUCAGAGGGAAAACUCAAGGUGGGCCGAUGACAUCAGGCGGCUCGACGGCAGCUUUGCAGAAGCCACUAAGCUCCUCCCCUGAGGCGGUGGCUUAUGCGGCGCUGUCUCCCCCAUAUCCCGCCAGAUCGUCCGUCACGCUUGAUGCGCUUCGUCACAGUGAUGGUCUUGGAAAAACUUUUGUUCAAGGUGUUGACGUGGGUAGCGCGGUCGUGGACGUUCUUACUUCAACCCGGGAACUGCAAGAAGCACUGAGUGCGUUGAACAUUCCGGGACUCCCAGUAUCUCCCAGCGCGCCGGCUCGGCAAGCUUCAGAAAACCGAGAUGGGCUCAGCCUCGCGUCGCUAGUCAAUGCGGCAAAGGCAGUCCAACAGUUCACUAACUGGGCAGCAACUGUCGAUAAAGCCAUCAAUACCACUAAAGAGUUCACCCAGUCUGUCCCUGCUACGCUUCGUGGCAUGUCGCUUCGCACUGCCUCGGAGGCCGAUGAGUCGGAUGACAGCUUGGAUCACGAGGUGAGGACCGAAGUGUCACGUCAGACUAGAAAUAGCGAAGAACAGCGACCUGAUGGGCGCACUGGUGGUGUGCUCAAUUCCCCACUUAGGGCGCAAGGCGGGACAACAACAGUCAAGGGCGCAGCAAACUCCUAUAUCCUUGGAUCUCAGCCGCGAGAUUACCAAGACGCGCAAAUUACGGACUCUCGGUUGAAGACUGAAAACAGCGAUUCGGAGCCUCGUAGCAUGAGAACCUCAACACUGUCUUCCAGCGACACUGCAUCAACGAUUGACAGUAAAGCCGACGGUGAAGAAGGAAAAAGGCCCGUGCCUAGUCGGCAGUUGCAACAGAUCGGUUCCGCUUCAGAGGGACCGAUGAGGUUGCUUUCACGGGGCGCCGCCAUGAUGGACGAUAUGGCACAGGCACUGAAGAAGGAAGAAGCAGUCUCCGCCGCAGCCGAAGGAGGCGGUGAGUAUGUAAUCGGCCUUGCAAGGGAUCUACAGAAAAUGGCGUCAUUCUUUUUCAACGUGCUAGAUGUUACGGUCUCUGUAGCAGAUGAAUCGAUGAACGCUUUACAACUAGGGCAUUUGAUGGACACGUACAAAUCUUUGGCAGAAGAAGGCGCCCUGGCUCCCCUAGGUGUUAAAGCCAGUGGUGCUCCGCCCGAGCAUAUGGGAAAACCUACAGUUUCUUGCGUGAACAAAGGAAUGACUUGUUGCGUUCCAGCAGCCGCCGCACCAGACUGGAAGACCAGCCCCCUCCACCUGCAGAACGAACAGCGGAGAGAAUGCAAAGCAAACUUUGUUACACGCUCUAACAUGUUAUGUGCAACGACGCCAUACAAGAACAGCAAAUGCGGGAUUAUUCACACGAAAGCAAACGGUUAUAACAAGUACGCGACAGUGUUGCCUGUCGCGGGCUUUACCGCAACAGCCAUGUGUGAGUGCGAGGUCUCGAAACAGAAAAGUUCUGAGGGAUUGUAUUCGUUCAAAGGUACGGCAUCUUGGACAGCACCCGGGAAGCCUGCAACUAGAGACCUGAUCCAAGAAGCCAAGAACGGGUGGCAAUUUGUAAAAAGCCUUACCAAAGGCGGGAAUCAGAUGCUCGGAGUUCUCGAGAACACACUCAAUCCGCAGCGAAGCCCCAUUACAAGCAUGGCAGACGUCAUGACAAAACUGGUCGUAAACCAGCAACUACAGAAGAUUGCUGAAGCUGCGGAUCCGGUGUCAGCGGUCUUCCCGUCUAUUUCUGUUGGUCUGUUCCCUAAGAAGCCUCUCCUCACUCCGCUUGCACCGCUCUCAUCUCUUCCUCGGCUAUCGCCUCUUCAGGCCCUGACUCGGCCUGUUAUCGGCUAA